AUGUCCGACAGUGAAAUUCACAUUGGGAAAGUAGAGGAGGGAGACGAUUCGGGAGCGUCACCCGGUGUACCAUCGUCGGUAUCGCUGGCUCCCCCCCUUCCAGCGGACACCACUCGCCGGGAACGGUCUCCGGGCGCGGAGUCGCAGGGCAAACGGGGCUCGUCACGCGACAACUCACCGGGAAAUUCGGGCAAACGGCCGUCGGGCUCAGUCGCUCUUCGGGCAGCGACUCAAGCGGCGCGGAUAUGGCUGUUGGGGGCCAUAUUCGAACGGGUUUAUGCCGUGGACGUCGGGAAUACUUCCGUGGCCCAGCUCGACGGGUUUCUCUCAAAUGCCAAGGACCUUUGGGGUAAAUUCAGCCUCAUGCACGACUCCAUACUGGAGAACAGCACGGACGACUUCCUCCAGGAUGAAUACUUCACGGAGGACUCGUACUCUCGGGCCUUCACGCUCUUUGGCGACAUCACCGGGCAGGUGGCAGUGCUGAAGGACGGGAUUCAGCAUCGCGAUCGGGAACGGGCGGGAUCACCCUCACUCGAUACGAGCGUGCUCGUCAUCAAUAAUCGGGCUCUCUCAGAUGUCGAGCGGAUGCACUACUUACGGGCGUCAACCACGGGUGAAGCCGCGAAGCUGACCGCCAGCAUGGCGAUCGAAGCGGACUCCUUCUCAACGGCCUGGGAGACUCUUACAGAGCGCUACCAGAACGAUCGGGUUUUGGUCACUUCUCAUCUCGACACGCUCUUCAAAACAGCGGUGAUCACUCCUCGCUCGGCUCGGGAUCUCCACGCGCUCGUACACAGCAUCACCGAGUCGUACAACUCACUUCGGGUGUUGGGCGCUCCUAUAGAGCAUUGGGACUGGGUGCUUGUGUACCUCAUUGCCAGACGUCUCGACCCUGAGACUCGGGAGGCGUGGGAGCUCAGGACCGGGCAAUCUAAAGUUCCCCCGUCAUUCACGACACUGCGGGAAUUUCUGGGUCACCGAGCUCGUGCAUUGGAGGGAGCGGGCGUCGGGACUAUCUCUACCCCAAAAUCGGGCCCGGGCAAGGAGAGCACGCAGAGGAAUACUUCCUCUCGCGUAUAUGCAGCCACGUCGGGUGGCGGGACAACCUCACAAGCUUGUGCCUUCUGCCAGGAGAAGCACUACGUUGCCGUGUGCCCCAAGUUCAGGCAGUUGUCUCCAGAGGCGCGUCGGGGCGAAGUACAGAGACUCAAACUGUGCUUCAACUGCUUGGGCCGGCACAACGUCAACGCGUGCAACAUCGCUACGCGAUGCAAGGAGUGUGGGCGCAAGCACCACACGAUGAUUCAUACCGGGUGGUCCAAAUACGGGGAUGCAGCCAGGGGUACGGGAGCCCCCUCAACAUCGGGCGGCCAGCAGGCCAACUCUGGGGACGCAGGCGCGUCAACAUCGGGUACUUCUCAAUGA